CCGAGCUGGUCCUGCCACCGCCCGCCUCGCAGCCCUGAAGCCUCGCAGCCGGGUAGGCCGGUGCAUCAGAUCCAUCCAUGUCCCUGCUGGUUCGAGGGCCCAAGGCUUGGCCCAGGCUCUAUCUGCUCAAGCCCCCAAACCUCCCUAGGACCCUGGGAGAUGGAGCCCUGUGUGAGAGGGCCCAGUACUCAUCAGGACAGGGCCCUACAGAAACUGGUGGGCAGGGCCGGCCCUUAGGCCCUGGGCUUCGAACAAGGCUCCUGAUCACUGCCCUAUUUGGGGCAGGUCUGGGUGGAGCCUGGCUAGCUGCCAGGGCUGAGAAGGAAUGGCAUCAACAACGACGUCGGACAGAGGCCUUGCGCCAGGCUGCUGUGGCCCAGGGUGACUUCAGUUUGCUGGACCAUCACGGCCAGGCCCGCUGCAAGGCUGAUUUCCGGGGUCAGUGGGUGCUGAUGUACUUUGGCUUUACCCAUUGCCCCGACAUCUGCCCUGAUGAGCUGGAGAAGCUGGUGCAGGUGGUACAACAGCUAGAAGCACAGCCUGGCCUGCACCCUGUGCAGCCCAUCUUUGUAACUGUCGAUCCCGCACGGGAUGACAUAGCAGCCAUGGCCCGAUAUGUGCAGGACUUCCACCCGAGGCUACUGGGCCUGACGGGUUCUGCCGAGCAGGUGGCCCAGGUCAGCCAUAGCUACCGGGUGUACUACAGUGCUGGCCCUAAGGACGAGGACCAGGACUACAUUGUCGACCACUCCAUUGCCAUCUAUUUGCUCAAUCCUGACGGCCUCUUCACUGACUACUAUGGUCGGGGAAGGUCAGCCGAGCAGAUUGCAAACAGUGUGAAGCAGCACAUGGCUGCCUUCCAAAGUGUCCUGUCCUGAACAGGGCAGUCUGGGCCCUGUCAUUAAACAGGAAA